AUAAAGCAUCACCCUUCCUCUCCUCACUAAAAAAAAGAAAUCCUCUUCGGCUUAACAGAAGUCCACGUGACAUGACAGCUUCUAUGGAGAGAGUCUUGGUAUCAUCGGAGGGCACAUCGGAGUUUUCUCCUUCUGAGCUUCUCUUCAAGGCUCUCUCACUGAUUCCAAUCUCUCAUUACGUUCUAGGCUUGCUUUGGAUCUCUCUCCUCUUCCUCUACAAUUUUUUGGAAAUUCAUUUCCUUCACGAUGUGAUCACGGGGUUUCGCGGUGACCCGGUGUCGCUCACCUGCAAUUUAAGCUCCGAGCUCUACAAAUUGGUUGGUUCCAAGUGUCAGCUACUUCACGGAAGAUACUUGCCUACUCCAUGGCUUUCCAGUCCUCAUCUCCAGACAACUUAUCUGAGCUUUUUUGGCAGUCCUCCCUGUUUCAGCUAUAGGCGACGCAUAUUCCAUGCACAAGAUGGUGGGACAAUGGCUCUGGAUUGGCUUAUGUAUUCUGAUGUUUGUGAAGGUGCCUCCCAAGUGAAUGCUAUAUCUCUAAGAAAUGAUAACAUUCCAAUUGUUAUAGUCAUACCUGGCCUAACAAGUGAUUCUACUGCUGCUUACAUAAAGCAUCUUGCUUUCAAGAUGGCAAGGCAGGGCUGCAAUGUCGUUAUAAGCAAUCACCGCGGACUUGGUGGCUUAUCAAUGACGUCUGAUCGCUUCUAUAAUGCUGGAUGGACAGAGGAUAUCCGGAAAAUCGUUGACUAUGUUCAUUGUGAAUAUCCUGAAGCUCCUCUAUUUGCUGUUGGGACUAGUAUUGGUGCUAAUAUAUUGGUAAAAUAUCUGGGAGAAGAUGGGGCUAAUGUUCCUCUUUCUGGUGCUGCAGCUGUAUGCUCUCCUUGGGACCUCUUGGUAUGUGACAGGUUCAUUAACCGAAGGCUUGUACAGAAGUUGUACAACACAGUGCUAGCAUUUGGCCUACAAGAUUUUGCCCAACAGCAUCAGUCAGUUUUGUCUCGUAUAGCAGAUUGGGAAGGCGUUAAGAAGUUGCGGUCUGUUCGAGAUUUUGACAACUAUGCUACCCGCCUUUUGGCAAAAUAUGAGACAGUGGAUACAUAUUACAGGCGUUGUACUAGUGUUAGUUUUGUGGGAGGUGUAUCUGUGCCUCUUCUAUGCAUCAGUUCCCUGGAUGAUCCAGUAUGUACCAGGGAAGCCAUUCCAUGGGAUGAAUGCAGAGCAAAUGAAAACAUUAUCCUCGCUACAACAAAGCGUGGAGGACAUCUAGCUUAUUUCGAAGGAUUAACUGCAAAUAGCUUGUGGUGGGUGAGGGCUGUUGAUGAAUUCUUUAGCGUUCUACAAUGUAGCCCUCUUAGAAACAAAAGAAAGGCGCAACCAUUGAGCUUGUCCAGCCCAUUGGAAUCCUCAAUUGGUGAGGGGCCUUACGUGAACGUUACGGAAGAAGGAAUUGUAGCUGUGAUUGGCAACUCGCAGACAGAAAAUUUGGCAGAAGACAUGUUUGAGGAUCAAGAUAUAUCCAACAAGCAUACGGUUCACACUGCCACGGAUGAACAGGAUAUUUACAGCGAUGAUAACAUGACACAGAAAUCACAGUUCAAAAAUAGAACUGCAUCGCAAUCAGAGCAAAAUGUUAACAAUUCAUUUGGUCCCGCACAAAAAUGCCUGAAUCAGCUUUUGCGACGGAGUAAGACUUCAAUCUGGCUGCUUGCAUACAUAGCCUUUGCAACAACCUGGCCACUGGUCGGGACUGCUCUUCUUCUGGUCUUCAAGAAGAAAUUCAGAGGUAUCCUGCCAAUGGCAUCACUUAAAAGAUAGAAUCCGAUGUUAGGAAGUGUAAUCAUAUGCAUGCAUUCAAAUCUAGUCAAAUUUUCAGCGAACAAAAAUGUUAUUAAGACUUUCUAGUAUGUGAUGAAACCUUUUCAGGGUUCUCGUUGACAAAGAAGCCUUCAAUCAAUUUGUUAAAAUCUUGAAUUAGUCAUAAAAGCUAUUUUAA